AUGUCUUACAACGACAACGACCGCGAGGAUCGUACCUCAGGCUACGGUAGCAGCAACCGUGAGGACAACGAGUAUGGUUCCAAGUCUUCCGGAUAUGGAAAUGACCAGGACUCGUCCUACGACAACAAGAAAUCUAGCUAUGGGUCGAAUGACAACGAUAGUACUUCGUACGGUUCCUCCAACCGUAAGAAUGAUGACGACGAUACCUACGGGUCCGAGAAGAAGACAUCAAGCUACGGCUCCUCAGACCGCAACGACGACUCUUAUGGGUCUGGCAACAAGUCCUCCGGAUACGGCUCCUCGAACCGCAACGGCAACGACGAGGACUCCUAUGGUAGCAACAAGCAGUCUAGCUAUGGCUCCUCCGACCGUAAGGACAGUGACGACACUUACGGUUCCGAGAACAAAUCAUCGAGCUAUGGCUCAUCGAACCGUAACGACAACGAUGAAGACUCGUACGGCAGCAACAAGAAGUCCAGCUACGGUUCUUCGGACCGCAACGACAACGACAACAAUGAUUCCUCGUACGGCAGCAACAAACAGUCCAGCUACGGCUCUUCGGACCGUACCGAUGACAACGACUCAUAUGGUAGCAAGAACCAGUCGAGCUACGGCUCAUCGAACCGCAAGGACGAUGAUGACUCGUACGGCUCGUCCAACCGCAAGACGGACAGCGACAGCUACGGCUCCAGCAAUAAGUCCUCCGGUGGCUUUGGAGCUUCUGAAGAGACUUCCUAUGGCUCCGGCAACACUUCUUCUGGGUAUGGAGGCUCUUCGGGCCGUGACGACAAUGACUCGUACGGAAGCUCUGGACGCAAGAACGAAGACAGCUACGGCUCCAACGACCGCGAGAGCUCGGGAUAUGGUAGCUCAAACAAGAGAAGCGACGACUACUAA